CAACAUCCAAGGAUGGUUGACCAAUUGGUUGACCACAUCUAAUUUUUGUGACUUUAUUGUUGAAUAAUAUUUGACAUAAUGAUAUGUUAUAUUUUAUUUCAAGUAUAUGUAAUUGUGUCUGUAAAUGCUUGGGAUACAGAACAGUUGGAAGUUUUUGAUGCAAUAGAAGAAGUAAAACAAAACUUCUAUGAUAUUCUAAAUGUUUCAAAGGAUGCCGAAAAUCAUGAAAUUAAAUCCGCAUUUCGAAUGCUUUCUCUUAAAUUACAUCCAGACAAAAAUAAGGAAAAGGAUUCCUCUGAACAAUUUCGUAACUUAGUGACUGUUUAUGAAGUCUUAAGGAGUUCUACCAAGAGAAAAUAUUAUAACGAUGUUCUUAUGAAUGGCUUGCCAAAUUGGAAAUCUGGUAUUUUUUACUAUAGAUAUGUUCGCAAAAUGGGAAUAAUGGAAGUUAUCAUUAUCAUCUUUGUCAUUACUACAAUUGGACAAUAUCUUUUUAAUUGGGGAGUCUAUUUUGAAAAAAAAAUGGCAAUCGAGGAUCAAAUAAAUAGGAAUAGGAAAUUAAAAUCGAAAUUUAAAAUGGAUGACGAAAAAUAUAUUAUUCAGAAACCGUCGGUAUUUGAUACUUUACCCAUUCAGAUUCCAAAAUUAAUUUGGCUAAUAAUUAUGUCAAUUCCUGCCACAUUAAAAAUACUUUCAGGUUUAUUUAAAAUUAAAGUUGGAAGUUUUUAUAAAAGUAAUGAAGCUGUGUCAGUACCCAACCCAAUAUUGAAAUCAAAAACAGUUAGAAAAAGAAAUAAAUUCGUUGUACCAGAAGGCCCAAACUUUGCAGUAAAUCAUGAGGGCCCAACUGCUAAUGAUACGUCUACCCAUUUAAUAUCCGGAGGAUUUUGGACAGAUGAAGACUUAUUGGAUUUAAUAAAAAUGGUUAACAAAUAUUCUCCCGGCACCCCAGAACGAUGGGAAAAGAUAGCACAAUCUCUAAAUAGGUCUGUCUCAGAGGUGACAUACAUGGCAAAUAAAAUGAAAGAGAAUGGAUACAGAUUAUUAGAUGAAAAGGAAAACACUGUUCCAGAAAAAAUAAAACAGAAAACAAGAAAGUUGAUAGAAGUAGAUUCAGAUACAAAUAAUUGGAACCAGAUACAGCAAAGAAGAUUGGAAGAAGCUCUAAUCAUUUUUCCUAAAGGGUGCAUUGAAAGAUGGGAUAAAAUUUCAAAUCAUGUUCCCAAUAAGACAAAAGAUGAAUGCAUGCAGAGGUUUAAAUACAUAGCCGAAGAUCUCAAAAAAAGAAAACAAACAGGAGCUAACGACAGCGGAUUAAAGCAAGAUCUCGUUUUCAAUUAGUUAGUAAAUAGAGAAUAUAUAUAUAUAUAUAUAUAUAUAUAUAUAUAUAUAUAUAUAUAUGU